AUGGACCCCUCCCAAGUCAAGAUCCCCCCCAUGAAAGACCAAACGGUCGACAACAUCACCGACAAUGUAAUCACCAUCAACUCCCUCUGCGAAGAUGAGCGCAUGAAAUACAUCCUCGAACGCCUAGUCACCCACCUACACGACUUCGCCCGCGAAACCCGCCUCAGCAGCGACGAAUGGAUGACCGGCCUCCGCUUCCUCACAGAAGUCGGCCAAAUCUGCACAGACGUGAGACAAGAAUACAUCCUCCUCUCCGAUGUCCUCGGCCUAUCCAUUCUCGUCGACUCAAUCGACCACCCCAAGCCCAAGGGCUCCACAGAAGGAACCGUCCUCGGCCCUUUCCACACGCAUGAUGCCGAGGAAAUGCCGGCCGGGGACUCCAUGUCCCACGACCCCAAAGGCGAGCCCUUGCUGGUCGUCUGCACGCUGAAGGAUAUGGCGGGGCGGGCGAUCGAGGGCGUAAAGAUUGAUAUCUGGGAGACCGAUUCCACAGGCCAUUACGAUGUCCAGUAUGCGGGACGCGAGGGCCCAGAUGGACGGUGUAUUAUGCGAUCGGACGAAAGUGGUGUCUUUUGGUUCAAAGCGAUUACACCCGUGCCGUAUCCCAUUCCGCAUGAUGGGCCGGUGGGUCGAUUGCUGAAGAAGUUGCAUCGGCAUCCGUAUCGCCCUUCGCAUAUGCAUUUCAUGUUUGAGAAGGAGGGCUAUGACCAUUUGAUCACCGCAUUGUAUUUGCGGAAUGAUCCGUAUGAGACAUCCGAUGCGGUCUUUGGCGUGAAGGAUUCAUUGACGGUGGAUAUUGGCAAGGCAGGCCCGGAAAUCGCGAAGAAGUAUAAUGUGCCUGAGGGCCAUGCGCUGCUCACUUAUGAUUUUGUGCUGGUGUCGGAUGAGGAGACGAGCCAGCUCCGCGCUCACAAUUCCAAGAUCGCGCUGGAUAAGCUGGGUCGGAAGGUGAAGAUUGUUAAUGGACUUCCUAUCCCGGACCUGGACUAA